AUGGCGUUGUGGGCAAAAGCGCAACAACUCCCUCAAGAAGCGUUGCAGCAGAUAAGAUCAGUAUACGGUGAGCAUUUUCCAAUCGAGGUGCGUCACUUCCUAGCGGCAUGGAUCGAGGAAAAAAUGUGGGCGGACAUAGAGCCAGACAAUCCUCAGCACGAGCCUUACAUAUCCGGCCUAAUCGGUUCCUUGAUCCAGGAACUGGAGUCGAAAGCCGCUUCCUUACAAACGGAAGAUUUGUUCCUGACAAAGUUGAAGCUUAUGGAAGCGGCUAAGAUGUUCCGGCAGCGUUACAACACCAACCCAACAACAUUGUUCCGGAUAAUCAGACACUGUCUUGGAACGGAGAUGAAGCUGGUGGCUCAGGUGGAGAAUUUGGGGGGUGCAUUGAUGAGCAUGGCUCACGGAAGAGUUGGAAUGAUGGUUGGAGACUCUGUCACUGAAAUUGCCCAGCAGGUUGAAGCUCUGCGCAGAAGAACUCAAGAGACUGGAGAAGAUUUGAGGAAGAUGGAGCAAGAGCAGGAAGCUUUUGCGAUUUCCUACCACGAGUGCACGAAAUUAAACGCUCACUUGCAGCAAUUGGCGACUCACCCGCAGAACCAGCAGAGCAUUGACGCCGAGAAGAAGAUUCGAAGGCAAAAAGAGCAGCAGGAACAAUUGCUGAACCACAAGGUGGCUAAUUUGAUGCAACUCAGGCUCACUCUAGCGGACAAACUCAAGGACACCAUCACCAAGUUGAAUAGUUUGCAGUCUAAGGUUCUAGAUGAUGAGCUUAUUCGUUGGAAAAGAGACCAGCAGCUUGCGGGAAAUGGAGCACCUUUUAAUUCUACUCUGGAUUCUAUUCAGGAGUGGUGCGAGAGUCUGGCGGAACUUAUUUGGCUUAAUAGACAGCAGAUCAAAGAAGCUGAAAGGUUGAAACUUAAGUUGGCCCUGGAUCCACCAGGGGUUCAGGAUAUUUUGCCGCAGUUGAACUCGUCGAUUACUCAGCUUCUUAGUUCGUUGGUUACUAGCACUUUUAUUAUUGAAAAACAGCCUCCGCAGGUUAUGAAGACUAAUACUAGGUUUACUAGCACUGUUAGGCUUCUGGUUGGGGGGAAGCUUAAUGUUCAUAUGACACCUCCACAGGUAAAAGUAAGCAUAAUAAGUGAAGCGCAAGCAAACAGCUUACUAAAAAGCGACAAAAUGGCAAAAAGCGGAGAAGCUAGCGGUGAAAUUUUAAACAACACCGGAACAAUGGAGUACCACCAAGCAACACGUCAGCUGAGCGUGAGUUUCCGCAACAUGCAGCUGAAGAAAAUAAAGCGAGCUGAGAAAAAAGGAACCGAGUCUGUGAUGGACGAGAAGUUCUCGCUGCUGUUCCAGUCGCAGUUCAGCGUGGGAGGAGGAGAGCUGGUCUUCCAAGUCUGGACCUUGAGCCUCCCAGUGGUGGUUAUUGUCCACGGGAACCAGGAGCCUCACGCGUGGGCGACCGUCACCUGGGACAACGCGUUCGCGGAACCGGGCCGCGUUCCUUUCGCAGUUCCUGACAAAGUUCCCUGGGCGCAAGUCGCCGAGGCGCUCAAUGUCAAAUUCAAGUCCGCGACCGGGAGACACCUCAUGGAGGACAACUUGAGGUUCCUCGCGGAGAAGGCCUUCAGAGGUGGCUACCCUGGCGACCAGGAUUACUCCAACUUGAUGUUAAGCUGGGCCCAGUUCUGCAAGGAACCUUUGCCAGAGAGGAACUUCACUUUCUGGGAGUGGUUCUACGCCGUGAUGAAGCUUACUAGAGAGCACCUACGCGGUCCUUGGACCGAGGGAUUCAUCCUGGGGUUCGUUAGGAAGAAACAGGCUGAAGAGAUGCUAGCCAGCUGUCCCAGUGGUACUUUCUUGAUGAGGUUCUCUGAUUCUGAGCUUGGAGGGGUCACUAUUGCCUGGGUUGGAGAUCAAACUGGAGUGUUUAUGCUACAGCCAUUUACCAGCAAGGACUUUGCUAUUCGUUCAUUAGCUGAUCGAGUUUCUGAUUUGCAACACUUACUUUAUUUGUAUCCUGAUAUUUCUAAGGAUCAAGCGUUUGCGCGGUACUACACACCGUUUACGGAGAGUCAACCGACGUCAAACAACGGCUACGUAAAGCCCCUUUUGGUGACCCACGUGCCAGGAUGGGGUGGCCCGGGAGGUGGCGGCUCCACACCCUCCCACUCAUCAGUAGUCGGCGUGGGAAGCAACCAAGGUCACGGGAGCUACCCCGCGACGCCCUCGAAUAUGUUCCAAGCGCACAGCCCCGACACUUCUGUUCGUGAUACUCCGUCUGUUGCAUCCAGUUACGCUCCGGGACUGGGUCAAUCUUCAAAUCCUGGAGACCGUCCUGGAGAAAUGGACUACUCGGACCUUAUGGUCCACUCUGAGAUGCCGCCAAUUGAUGAAAAUCUCGCCCUCGACCCACUCAAUGGAUUUGGAUUCAAUGAAUUUAUGCAAUCGUACAAACCACAAUAA